UAAGAGGCUGUCAACACACAAUGUCCUUGAAAUUGAUGUUACUUAAACAGUUUUUUAAGAAAUACUAUUUGUUUUAGUCAAGUAAGAAAAAUAUAUGUUCAUAUUAAUUAUAUUUCAAAGACCGUGGUCGUACUCGAUACACGAUUGAACGAAAUCGGCUCGAUAGAAAAUAAUUGCAAAGAUUAGUCUUAAAAUCACAAUUAAACGGUUUUAUGUCUUUAUUGUUUUGACUUAUGGGUCUGCAAUUAAAAUCACAAUUUCAAAACAUUUAUAUCUAAACCGUGGUCGAGUUAAAUAUUACACUAACUGUUUUGUCGAUUUCCGUCCUCAUACUAUACUUACUAUCUAGCUGUACCUAUAGAUACUUAUGCAUUUUUACCCUCUCGUUUAGUUACAAUAAAAUCAUUUAAGAAUCCAGACGCGUUUGCCUUAUGAUUCACCUGCAAUCAAAAUUGAACCUUAUCCCGUAAAGAACAUGGUCCAUACGAACCAGGAUGCUUGAACAGUGACACGUAAAAAUAAUUGGUUCAAUAGAAAAUGAGUGUAAUUUCGGUGAAAUAACGUUAAAUACAUAUGGAAGUGGUUAAUUAGUUGGAUAAAUAUGUUACAAAAGUGAAUUAAGCCAAAUGAACUUUAAGGAUUAAGACAAUUCGGUGUUUUUACAAAAAUAGUUUUGCAAAAUAAUUACGUGUGAUAAUCGGACAAAGGACAAGGUGUAUCGUGGAUAUAACGUUUGUGUGUUGUUUAACUACAAAUAAGACAGUACUGUGCCGUGUAUUACAAUAGUGAGUCGCUGUGAUUUAGGUAAAUUUGUUGGACAAUUUCGUGCGGCGCUCACUUACCCUACACAUAAAAAGUUAACAAAGGAGUGGAACUUUCCUACAGUGGUUACGUACUUUUAUUGCUGUGUUUUCACUAUAUACGAUAGACUAUUAAUUUAUUGAUUGUGAUAGACUUAUACUACAAUGGAAAACAUUGAAAAGCAUGUAGUGAUUCAAGCCGAUACGCUUGAAAAGGUGAAAAAGGCGUACGUUAACUACAAAAAAUCGCCUAAGGAGAGAUUGACGGCUGGUUAUGUGAAGGGAAGAAUAGAUACACUGGAGUUGUACUGGAAAGAGUUUAAAGUCUUACAUGAAAUUUUAAUUUUGUCGAUUCCUAUGGAACAGCGUCAAGCUACAAAUUAUUUCGCCAACAACAUGUUUGAGGAAUUUGAAGAAGCGUAUUACGCAUACAAAGGCGAAAUGAUGUCUAAGUUAGAUUGUAUGGGGCCGACAAAAAGUGAGUCUAAACAAACACUUACACCUAGUAUAUCGAAUAGUGGUGAAGUAAAAUUACCACGUAUUUCGCUUCCUUCGUUUAAUGGCGACUACACUGAAUGGCAGUCUUUCCAUGAUUUAUUUAUGGCAUUAGUGCAUAACAAUGAAUCUUUGCAAGAUGUUCAAAAGCUACAUUACCUAAAGUGUAGUUUAGCUGGAGAAGCGGAGGCAUUAUUACGACAAUUUUCAAUAACCGCUGAAAAUUAUAAAGAAGCUUGGUCAGUACUAAAGAAACGUUAUGCCAAUAAGAGAUACAUAGCAAACUGUGUUUAUAAGAAAUUCUUUACACAAAAAACGUUAACACACGAAUCGGCUACAGCAUUAAGGCAACUGUUGGAUACUUCGGUGGAAUGUAUGAGUGCGCUGAAACAUCUAGGCUUACCUACGAAUCAUUGGGACGCAAUUAUUAACUACUCCAUAGUGUCAAAAUUAGACUCGAGCACUCAUAAGGAAUGGGAAGAGUUAAUAAGCAGAGACGAGACGAACGACUUACCUAGUUUUGAAAAAUUAAAAUCGUUCCUGGAAAAUAGAUUUCGUACUCUGGAGAUGGUUGAACCUGCAAGUAAAGUAUACAAACCUGUGAAAACAAAGAUGUUUCAUCUUACUGCAACGAGCGAAGUGAAGUGUACAUUCUGCAAUGAAGAUCAUUAUAUUUAUCAAUGUAAACAGUUUUCCAAGCAAUCAGUAGAAGACAGAUACAGUUUCGUGCAGAAAAAUAAUCUCUGUUUUAAUUGCCUAAUACCGAACCACAAUGUAUUUAAAUGUAAACAAAAGACAACUUGCCAGAUUUGUAAAAGAAAGCAUCACUCGUUAUUACACCGAGAGAAACAAGCAAGUGGAGAAUCGCAUACGUCUGGAGAAACAAAUAACAACAAUAAAGAAAAGAUACAAACCGUCGUCGUUGCGCACACGUCGAGCGCAUCACGGGUUCUACAACCUGGUCGAGGCACCUUGUUGACGACAGCACUGGUGCAUGUUACAGCGGAGUCGGGGCAGUCACACGUGCUUCGGGCUCUCGUGGACCAGGGUUCAGAGGAGUCCUUCGCGACUGCAAGGGCGGUCGAGUUGCUGGGUUUGAAGAAAACUAAAAUCAGCGGAGUGAUCUCUGGUGUUGAGGAGUGUGAGACGACUAUCAAACAUAGGGUAACAUUACGCAUACAAUCAAGCACCUUACAAGUCUACAUGUUACAAGACAAAUUGAAGAAGAUAAUAAUCUCCUGAAAAGGUUUUGGGAGGUAGAAUCUGAACUAUACACGAAGCAGAGCAUGUGGACGAAAGAGGAAGAAAAGUGCGAGGAAAUAUAUCAGCAAACAACAACGAGGGACGAGACAGGGAGGUACGUAGUACAGCUUCCUUUAAAGACAACUUUUGAAGACACUGUAAGAUCGUGUGGAAAUACAAAGCAUCAGGCAGUAAUCAGAUUAGAGCAGCUGGAAAGAAAGUUCGCCCGAAACGAGCAUCUGAAAGCAGAAUACACCAGAGUUAUACACGAGUACUUACAGUUAGGCCAUAUGAAGAAGGUCGACGCAGAAGAUGAAGGUAAUGCAGUAUAUCUUGCGCAUUGUGCUGUAAUAAGAGAAGAUAAGGAAACAUCAAAGCUGCGCAUAGUUUAUGACGCGUCAGCAAAGG